UGCGUGGAACGGCGGUCAGGAUUGUGCAAGCAGUGUACAGUAGAAACACUAACACGUCCUUGAAGAUAUUAACACAAACUGAUCCGUGCGCUUACAUCCAACAACCUUAUUACCCACCCACACGCAUACUCACGCCUACCGACAUAAUCUUCACUCUUGCACUGCGAAAUUUGACCAUCCGUGCUGAUUUAUAUGAAGUGGUCAGCUUUUGUGUAAAACCACCCGUCUCUUCUCCUUCGGGUUUUGACUUAACGACCUACAGCGCGAAUAGGAAUCGAUUUAUGCAUAUGUUUCCGUUCAUUACUCGCGUUUUGUGAGUCGUAAAAGUUAGGCAAGGACGCGGCAUGUGUGUGUGUGUGUGGGUGUACACGUGUCGUCAUCAGUAAGCGCCAAGUAAAGGAGAAGAGUCUGGGAAGGAGUGAGUUUUGAAGUUACUUGUCAUCGUCAUGGUUCGUCAUUUUAACAUAGUGAAUGAUGCAACAAAGCUCCUUGGCAAUGAUGAGAAGAAGUACAGUGAUGUGGAGCAAAGCACGGAGGAAAAAGUCAAGUAUCCAAAGUCGGUGUUCUUCAUUGUCGGCAAUGAAUUCUGUGAAAGAUUCUCAUAUUAUGGCAUGAAAGCCAUCCUCAUCCUGUACCUCCACAACCAGUUAAAAUUUGAUGAAGAUACAUCUACAGUCAUCUACCAUGUGUGGGCCAUGCUGUGUUACUUCACCCCUAUUCUGGGUGCCAUCAUUGCUGACACCUGGCUGGGCCGCUUCAAGACCAUAUUCUACAUAUCCAUCAUCUAUGUGUUUGGAAAUGCUGUCCUCUCCAUCUCUGCCGUGUCUCCCAUAUUUUUUGACUUAACUGUAGAAAAGGUAAUAGCCUUCCUGGGGCUGCUGCUGAUAGCACUAGGCACAGGUGGUAUCAAGCCAUGUGUGUCAGCUUUUGGAGGAGACCAAUUUGUGCUUCCUCAACAAGAAAAGCAGCUGACUCAGUUCUUCUUUGUCUUUUACUUCAGUAUCAAUGCUGGAUCUCUCUUGUCCACCUUCAUCACGCCUAUCCUGAGAGACGACGUGCAAUGCUUUGGGGACGACUGUUAUUCCCUGGCCUUUGGUGUUCCUGCAAUCCUGAUGUUUGUUGCUCUCUUGAUCUUGGUCCUGGGCUAUAUGGCUCGGCUAUAUAAGAUCGUGCCUCCUCAAGGAACAAUUUUAAAAGAAGUCAGCGGUUGCAUUAGGGAAGCAUUACGAAAGAAGCGCAGGACUCAUGUCAGAAAGAAGCACUGGCUGGAUCAUGCCAAGGAGAAGUAUGGUGAGGAACUUGUAGCUGAUGUGAAGGUGUUGCUGAAGGUGCUUGUGCUGUACAUUCCUCUGCCCUUCUUUUGGGCUCUGUUUGAUCAGCAGGGUUCACGUUGGACCUUCCAGGCGACUCGUAUGGAUGGCACCAUUGGCAGCUGGGUCCUGAAGCCUGACCAGAUGCAGGUGGUAAAUCCUCUACUUAUCCUGCUAAUGAUUCCCCUAUUUGACCGAGUUGUGUAUCCUUUGUUGGGUUACUGUAACCUGCUAAAGCGACAGCUACCAAGGAUGUUCACUGGCGGUGUUUUGGCUGGAGUGGCUUUCCUUGUCUCUGGCUUUUUGGAACUACAACUUGAGAACACCUAUCCUGUUGCGAUCAGUAGUGAUCACUCCCGUGUAAUGCUCAUCAAUACCCUUCCUUGCAAAGUCAAUGCCACUCCAUCAUGGGUUGAUGACACCAUUGCUAUGAAACAAUAUGAAUAUGAUCAAACUAAGGAUAUCUCCCUCAGAUCAGAAAAUGGAAUGCUCUUCAGUGAAUUUGAAGUAGAAAUAGAUUUUGUUGCUGGGAGUUGUGGAAACAUUGUUGGCAAAGCAGAUCCAUAUCGAGUAACUCUUCAAGAAAAGACAGCUCAUGUUGUGUUGAUUACUGCUGAUGACAAUGCUACUGGAAUACUGGUCAAUGUUGAUCCUCCUGAUGAUAUUGAAAAAUCAAAUAGUGGACUCCCAAAACUCAGGAUGCUUUAUAAUGUAGAGGUGGACAAGAUUGGCUCACAGGUGUUCUUGGAUGGUGCUGUAGAGAAUUAUAAGUUUAACUUCACCAAUAUAAACUCAACUGAAGACUACAUAGUCUCUGGCACAGAAUAUCAGGAAGUGGAACCAGACAGUUAUGACAUAUAUUUAGCUGAUGAACUAUUGGGAAGAAUUGAUGUGAAGCUAGGCGGUGUUUAUGACUUCCUAGUUCAAAGGAAUCUCAGCAUAAACAAUGGAACAUAUCAAGACGUUGGAUUGUUUGUAGUCACUCAACCCAACUCAGUGCACAUGCUGUGGCUCAUCCCACAGUAUUUCAUCAUCACAGCAUCAGAGAUCAUGUUCUCCAUUACAGGCCUUGAAUUUUCCUUCACACAGGCCCCAGCCUCCAUGAAGUCUGUUCUGCAGGCAGCAUGGCUACUCACAGUAUCAUUUGGUAACCUGAUUGUCGUGAUCAUUGCUGAGGCAAAGUUUUUCAAGCGACAGAGCAUGGAGUUCUUCCUCUUUGCUGCACUCAUGUUUGUUGAUAUGGUACUGUUUGCAGUCUUGGCCGUGAGGUAUAAGUAUGUUGAUGAGAUUAAAGCAGAGAAUGAUUCCACUAAAGAAAUUCCUAAAGACACUGGAAAAGUUAAUGAGGCAUUCUCAAAUGAUGAAACAAAGUUCUGAUGAUUUUAUAUAUGGUUAUUGCAAAAGCUUUGUACAUUUUUAAUUAGUUUUAAGUUAAUGUUGUUUUACAUGACAUCUAUUGCCUUUUAUGUAAAUAAUAUGUCCAUAUAAAGAACAAAGAUUUUUUUUAAGUAUUAUUGUACAGGAGAGUAAUAUAUGGGAUUUUAUUCUCAUUAGUAAUAUAUAUAUUGCAUUUUUCGCAUUGUUCAUGUUAAUAGUGUGACUGAUUUAUACAAGCUAGAUGAAGGAAGAAAAUAUUUUGAUUUAAUUUCUUUUUAUCAUAGAGGAAAAUAUGGAAAGAAAUGAAGGGACAUUUUUUAUAUAUACAUACAAUGUGUACCUUUGCCUUGUUGAGCAGAAUGUUAGAAACUAUUCUGAUCAAUAGGUUUUACUUGAAGAUAGAUUAUCCGAGCCAGCAUUAUUAGGUAAGCAUGGAUGUGUGCAUGUCUUUUCUUACAUGUUUAUGCUUCAUAUUGACCUGACCUUUACAUAUUCAUUUACAUAGUUAACCAAAUGUUUUAAGUGUCUUUACCUUGUUGUGGCAUACAGUAAACAAGCUGUGCUCAUUGUGUUUUGUCUCCAUGGCUGCCAUUCUCCAGGUUGGCUUAAGUCUGUGCCUCUGUAAGGAAAGCUAUUUUUUGUCUUCAAAGUAACCCUUUUCCACUUUUUCAUGGACUGUUGUAUCAUCCAAAUCCCAUACAAAUAGAUCUUUUUCUACUUUCAUCAAAAUCGUAUACACUUCUUGUCUACCUUAUCUUCUUUCCUCUUAUACUGGAAAUAUCAUUCUAAUAUUUCCUCCACAUAAAUAUAUCUCAGGCUUUUGAGAGUCUUCCUAGUUAGUGCUGUUUAUAUUGCAUCAGUCUUCUCCCGUCUGUCUUCUUUGUGCAGUAACUAUAUCUUGCACACUUUUAUCGUGGGAAAAUUGUGUCCUUGAAAUUAGAUAUAUUCUUUUAUUAUCUGUCAUUAUGAUAAUUGUCAUUAUGAUAAUUGAGUACUUUUCUAUUAAUAGGUGAUAUGUUUCUUCAAUUAUCUGUUUAUUUUAUCUCUAUAACGACAAGUUUUCCAUGAUAGUUGCUGCCUGGCUUUUUCUUUCUUAGUUUAAUUCAUGAGUUUGAUUCUCAUUCAAUAUUCUCUCCAUUUGUCUCAUUGCUCUUUUUUUUUUUUUUCUCUCUUCCUGUCUUUCUUGUCAUUAAACCCCAUUUAUCAUCUUUGAUAGUGUGUGUGUGUGUGUGUGUGUGUGUGUGUGUGUGUGUGUGUGUGUGUGUGUGUGUGUGUGCGCGCGCGCAUACAAAUAUUUAAUAGAUAAAGACUUCAAUCACAAGGUUUUUAUGUGCUAACAUAUGCAAAUGUUUUACUGUGAUGACAAAAAUUAUGUAAAUAAGUAUAAAAUAAAAUUAUUUUUGAAA